CCUAGCCUGGGGCCCAGCCUCCAGGCUCUGGCCCAAGAGAACUGCAGGAUGUCAAACACACUCCCCAAGCUGAUACCAGGAUCUACUGCCAUAGGUCAGAGCUCCUUCGUGCUCAUUCCUCAAAACAAUCCUGGAGGAAUAAAGUGCCCCUUAACUCAUUUGGUUUAGGAAAGCCCUGCCUGCCACCAAUCGAAUACGCAGCUUAGCAUGUUAGAGGCUCUGAGAAACCUUAAAGUCAUGACAAUUGGUGAAUUUGGUUUAACUUACCAUUUCUGAAACUUAAUGAGUCACGGAACUCCUAUCAAUGGUAAAAAUUUUAGAAAAUGCUGCAGAAUAUAACCAAGUUUGGGAUGAACUAGUCCUUUCAUGCCAGGGUUGAGAAUUGAAAAUGACUGCUUGGGAGAAAAUAUCAGGGGCAUUAGAGCCUGGCAUGGAGAUCUUCUGGCUCGACUUCAUCUGACAAUAAUAAUAAUAACAUAUAUACUUAUUUUGUGCUAGGCACUGUGAAGUGAGUAUUAUUUUUAUUCCUAUUUUAUUUCACAGCUAAGUAAAUUAAGUCUUAGAAAAGUUAAGUAACUAACACACAGUUCUUAAUUGGCAGAGCCAGAAUUCAAACCCAGGUGUUUAACUCCAGAACCUAAGCUCAAAACUAAUAUUCCUUGCUGACUUGUCUCUCACUUCAAAAAGAGGAUAUUCUAGAUAUAUCAGGGAAGGGACUGGGGCACAUUAACAUUGAUUGAUCACCUUCAGUGUGUCAGACUUUCUGCUUUAUAAACAUACCUCAUUUAUCCUCAAGACAACUCUUCAAGGUAGGUAUUACAGUAUCCUACUUGCAGAUGAGAAAACCAAGUCUUAAGGAGAUUAAGUAGGUUGCUCAAGACCACAAAGCUGUUAUAUCGCAGAGUCAGGAUUCAAAUCAGGUAUGACUGGCUCCAAAGCUCUGAGAAAUGGAAAAUAGGGAUACAGGAAAAACAAGUCCAUCCAUGUACAAGACACUGAGUCCAUUUUCCAGGGCCACCUUUGCUUUCCCUCAGAGGACUCUGCUCCCAGUCUCUGGCUCCAGGUCUGCAGCCAGGCUAACAAGAACCUGCUGGCCUAAGUCCCAAGAUGUGAUCUAUCCAGCCAACCCUUCAUCUUCUCCCCUACCCUGGGGCUUCCUGGAGCCCCCUCUGCUCCUCCCACUUCAUUGCAGCUCAGGGCCCUCAGAGACUGGCUUUGCUCCUUCUCUCUUUGAAGCACAGAACAAGAAAUCCAAAAAGAUCAGCAGAAAAGAAGCGGAAAAAAAAAGAUCUUCCAAGAAAAAGGCUUCGAUGAAGAAGGUGGCACAGCCCCGGCCCCCGCCGCCCGGCCCCUGCGUGGCCACCCGCGACAGCUGCAAGCCGCCGGCGCCCGCCUGCUGCGACCCGUGCGCCUUCUGCCAGUGCCGCUUCUUCCGCAGCGCCUGUUCCUGCCGCGUACUCAACCCCACCUGCUGAGCGCGCCUCUGGGUGGUGGGCGGGGUGGGGC